GCAGUGACGCGCUCGCGCAUGUGCAGUGAGUGACGGACAGCAGAGAUGUGAUGUUGUUGUUCACUGGACGCGUUUGAGCUCAAUAAUAUCGACAUACUUCCGAUCAAACCUUAUCGAUCAUCAUCAUGAAAUUAACCCGUAAACUGGUUCUGGCUCGAGCUAAAGCUUCAGACCUGGAGAGCGUGAAGAAGCUGAACUGCUGGGGUUGCAAUCUGACAGAUAUCUCGAUCUUCACGGAGAUUCCCAACAUUGAGGUUCUCACUCUCAGUGCGAAUCAGAUCGUGUCACUGGAGCACCUGUCCUCCUGUCAGCACCUGUGUGAGCUGUACCUGAGGCGGAACAGCAUCUCCAGUCUGUGUGAGCUGCAGCACCUGAAGCCCCUGCGCUGCCUGCGGGUCCUGUGGCUGGCAGAAAACCCCUGCUGCUCGAACCCUCAGCAGUACAGACUCACCGUCAUCAGGAACCUGCCCGGCCUGCACAAGCUGGACAACCAGGUUGUUACAGAGGAGGAGCUUGCGCAGGCGCUGCGGGAAGGGGAGGAGCUUGUGAGUCCUCCAGGCCCCACCCCCACCAGCUCCACCAAUGGCCUUACAGAAGCAGACUCUGAGAACGACCCUCAAGAUUACAGCAUGGAGGAAACAAAUAUGAUUCGGGCUCAGCUGGGACUGAAGCUGCUGUCCAGAGACAAGUUCCCAUCACUGCCAUCACCACGAGAAGCUGGAGACGCACACAAGAAGAAGUCUCACACACUGGAGGCGGUGCUGCUGCUGCUGAAGGAUCUGGAUGUGGACGAGCUCAGGAUGGUUCAGUCAGCCACUGAGAGUAAACUCAGAUCCUGCAGGAGACUCAGAGAACAGCAGAACACUGCACACACACACCAGCAGAACACUGCACACACACACCAGCAGAACACUGCAGACAUCUGCUCAUAACACACACACACACACACACACACACA